UACAGCUUCUCAGCUUCCUAAUACCAAGUGGUGAUGGAAAGAGGCAUGUGGUGUACAUGUCACAUUGAACGAAAGGACGAUGAUGCAACAUAAAUAUGGACAAUCAUGAACUCUUAAAUAGCCGGACUUGGACAAACUGGAAAUAGAUAAUCCAGAGAGUGUUGCGAUUUGACACUGAGAAGUAGGAAACAUUUUAGAGGACGUAUAUGACUUCGCAGAUGUAUCGUAUGGCAUAUGUGGCCAUGCACACGUGUUUAUUGUAUUUCAUCAAAGUUUGACAUAGUCGCAUGAUGAAGUGUGUGGUUCUCAGCUGGUAAUUUCUGUCAAUGAUUUGUCCCUGUGGUGUUUCUAUUUCCCUGUAGAGUACUGUCUGCGUGAAGUGCUAGUUUGAACGUAAUCACUUGUGAGUGUAAUUCCUAUUGAUUUUAACAAAUGUUACAGACAGAGGUCAAAAGGAGACCAUCGAGUACCACCAUAUCAAUCCUUGCCGUUAAACAGACAACAGAAGGGCUUCAAUUGUGUAAAGGAACGUGUUACACUGUGUCAACAACUUGUGGCAUCGCCAGGAUAAUUAGGAUCGUAAACUCAUGUCCAUGGGCAAACACGAGCUAAUUCAUCUGUGGAACAUUCGUUUCAUAUUUAAUAAAGAAGGUUAAAAGUCGUAAACAAAGCAACAACGUUCGACGGGGCUCGCAACGACAAUGUGGCAUGGUAACAACUGUGUAACACCUGCCUGAUACAACUGCAAGGAACAGGAAGACUUUGGAUAAUCACAAUUGAAUAAUCACAAUGGUGAUAAUGAACGGAACCAAUCACACGUGCAAACAUUAUCAUCCCAAAGAAGGUCCGAUAGAGCAAUGCUUUCAGUCGGACGAGGAUUUAAUGAGCUCCAUCUAUACGUUCAUAUAUCCCAAACCCCAUGAGUGGAUAUUUACUAUACUGUACAUACUUGUAUUCAUAUUCGGAGUGUCUGGAAACUUCCUGGUUUGCUUUGCGGUGUGGAGGAACCGGCUGCUGAGAACAACCACUAACUAUUUCCUUGUGAAUUUGGCCGUGGCGGAUUUUCUAGUUAUUGUCCUCUGUCUUCCGCCGUCGUACACUCAGUCUAUUUGGGAAACGUGGUUCUUGGGCAAUGUGAUGUGCAAAGUGGUCGAAUAUUAUCAGGAAGUGACUGUUGUCGUGUCGGUGUUGACAUUGACCGCCAUCUCCAUCGAACGUUGGUUUGCAAUCUGCCACCCCUUAACCUUCACGGAGACGAGGAGGAGAGUGAUUAUAUCCAUUGUGGUCAUCUGGGUGGGCGCGCACGUGCUGUCCAUCCCCAGACUCCUCAUCUUCCGAGAAUACCGAGAUCCUAUGAUACCCAGUAAUUUAACCAUCCUUUUAACGUCGUGUGUCCCCGAUUACGACAUAAAUGUCUUGGCCUUGAACUAUGACCUCUUCAUGUUCGUGACCUUUUACGUUGUGCCUAUUGUGGUAAUGGGCUACACGUAUACUGCAAUAGCUGUGUGUCUAUGGUCCAGUAUCAAGACUGGACAACACCUUACAGAGGGCGACCAGAGUGCCGUGACGUUGCAAGUCCAAUCACGACGUCGCACCGCGAGGAUGUUAAUUGUAGUUGUCGUCGUUUUCAUCCUGUGCUAUCUGCCUUACUAUUCAUGGAACUUGAUGAGGUUGAUUCGAAGUCCCCUGGUAAAAAUGAUAGAUCGACACUCCGUUUCUAUCCUGACAUUAACAGCUCACUGGAUGGUCUACCUCAACAGUUCCAUCAACCCUGUCAUUUACAACUUCAUGAGCGGUAAAUUCAGGACCGAGUUUGCCAAAGUAUGUUAUUGUCUCUACGGGAAUUACACCGUGAAACGAAGACGUUGUUAUGGAAACCAUGAAAUGGAGCCUUUAUCGACAACUAAAGGCAGGAAUGGUUUCUUGACAACUGAAUCACCCCUCAACAGGAGAGACACUCAGCGGACUGACACAGCCAUUGUGAGAGACAUUCAUGGGAACGUUUAAAAAGAGAGUAAAUGCUCUAUAUUUGAUAACCAUGGCACACAAGGGAGAUUGUUAUCAUCUACGUGCUGGGGCCUUUUCAGUCUCUGACCUUCUGGGACAGUACCGUGGUAAUCAACCCUAUAAUGAAGUGCCAUGGAAACCCUGUCUGGUGCCACCAAUGCUGAAGUACAGUUCUUGUCGUAAUCCUUUCCUGAUUGGCCCAGUGGUAGGCUGACGUGAAACAAGUAGUAGUAAUCCCGGAGUACCUGCCGAACUUGGACACGCCAUCUCGAUGCGAGGUUGCAGUCUACAAAUGUACAAUGGGACACUGGUUUGAAUAAUGUCGAUCGUAAAGACCAUCUAGCUAUUUAGAAGGGAGGGCAUUUCUGACAUCAUGCAUAAUUACCUUUCCUUCGACUGACUGUUAAGAAUAUCCCAAAAGACGGAAAUAUGUGUUGGGUCAUGACGAGUUAAUCUGUAUGAUUCCACUACGUUUCAUUUUUAGAAAUACUCCAGCGGCAUCACAAAUUGUCAUCCACACCAAGGGAAUCGAACCGGGUCCUCCGAGCGAACGCCUUGGUCAUUACGCUCCUCCGAAGGCAACAGCUAAGUUGUGUUGAAGAACAAGAAGUUAAACUUUAUACUUUAACACUGUUUAUGUGUUCCGCGCUUCUUUGCGUUAUAACCUGUAUGUGUUGUUAUAAAGUUACAGACUUGUUUCAAACAUAUGUAUUCGCUGUAUGUAUGUCUUAUGUACCGAAUAUGUGUUUUGGACAAAAUGUGGACAGAACCCUGAAUGGGUGUCUUCAUUUAAAGCGAUUUAUUAGAAACGGUUUCAGAAUAUAGAGACUCGUUGCAAGGGUGUUGUGUCCAUAUGAAGAGUAGGCACGGAGCAGUUGUAACGCUUUAAGAAAGAACUGUGAUAUUAUAUUCAGUGUGAUUAAUGUAUGUGUCGUGGACAGUGUUAUCUUUGUUGUGUAUCAAUGACUGAUUAUCUUCGUGAAGUAUGACUGAUCGUUCGACAAUGGAACACCGGGCACACGUGAAAGAAGAGGGGCACCAUGGUCUCAAAAACCACCAGUCAUCUUCUUCUAAGCUGUCGUAAAAAUUGAUCAUGUGUUCGAAUCCCAGUUUUCGUCUUAUACUGCACCAUUGUCAGCACCGUACCAGUCUUCUUGUGUGUGUAUUAACAUUCAUAUCACUGUGUCAGAUGUAUUAGGAUAACAGUGAUGCGAGGGAUGAGGAAGCUGGACCUUUACCUCUUUGAUGAAACCAAAGAUCCCUGAGGAGCUGAAAAAUUGCGUUAAAAUCAGGGCGAAUAUCGUAUUCUAACCCACAACUCCAGGAUCCUUGUAUAACUAAGGGAAAUAACUCUGAUCACCGAAUCGCAGUCACCCAUGAAUCAGGUUUCCCAGUGUUGAACGUGAGGUAGAAACACCUACUUAAAGGGUUUCUCAACACGAUGUUUUCAUGUCAUAUUACAGUUAAAUUCAAGCUAACCGUAUAAACGCUGACCAAAUGGCAAUCAACAAAAAUUAAAUAAAUUAUUCGUAUUUAUACUUAAUGUCAGCUACCAUGUCAUAAGACCUUAAUGGCAUGAUAUGUGUUAUCAUUAUUGUGAUAUUGUAAAGUAGUUAUUAACUUUUUAUAUGAUUUAGUACGGAUUAAUUAUACGUGUAAAUAUUGAUAUUGACGCCCUUCAAUUCACAGCUGCUUGAGUGACAUCUAUGUCGGAUGGCAAAUUGAUUGUCUUGUGUUUUAGGGCUUCCUCUUGUCCUUGACCGGGUGAAUAAAUAACAAGACGUAGGUGCAAGAACUAGCCCGAAAACAUCCGUAUAAAAAAUAUUCCAUGUUACGAACAAGUUGUUACUAAUAAUCAUUUCCUUGUUUUCAUGUCUUUCAUGUCUCAAGCUUCAGUUGGUUUCAUCGGUGAACGUAUGGCUUUGCAAAUAGUUGAUGUACAACGAUAAAACUGAACAUGAACAAUACUUCAUGUAUAUUGUUCACGUACUUGUAAUUAGUUUACUUCAUUACCAGCUGUCAUUGAGUUAUCAUUUGUCUCUUGACGAGUUUAACGAGGCUCUGAAGAUCUCGGCGAUGUUGAUUUGCUGAAACACUACGGGUUAUUGUUGUAUUCCUUUGUUAUGCGUAUUAGCGAGUAAAUAAAUGGACUGACUUUGAUAA